AUGCCGCCUGGUAUGGUGGCGUGGGCGCAAACCUUCUUUAGGUUGCAGGGGCACGCCCGCGGUGAGAACGUCGAGCUCCGGCAAGAAGACCACAAGAUCCUCCGCGCCAUGCAGGGCCACCCUGAGGCGAUGGAGUUGAUCGCCCCACCAGCCACUGAAGCCGCCGACCACCACGGCACAUUUGACGCCCUCAUUGACGAGGCCCUGUCGAGCCCGCCGCGGUCACGGGACUUCACAGCCCUUGACGCGCACCUCGUCAGCGUCUUGUCGAGCCCUGGUGGUCCCCCGCAGCCAGCAAACCCGCCACCAGCCAAGCAGCCGCCGACGUUUGAGGAGAUCCUCCAGAGCGUCGGCCCACCACUGCGCGUCGCACCCACACGCUACCCCAGCCUAUGGCCGCGACCGCCAGACAACCCCACGCCGCAGCAGACCGCAGGCCCCUCCAAGGGCCCCGCCGACGCUCCGGCCAGCCCCACGGCCCCCAACCCGGAGGCCGUGGCCACCACAAACCCACCAGGCGCCGACCGCACGCCCGCCGCGCCCGCAACAGCGGACCCCGGACCCGAGGCCGCGCCCAUAGCAUCUCCGGAUACACGCCACACCGAGCCGCAGCCGACCGUGGACCCCCCCAAGGGCCCCACCACAGCUCCGGCCCGCCCCGUCGCCCCCAACCCGGGGGUCACGGCCACCGACCAGCCCAACGUCGCGCCCGUCACCAAGGCCCCGUCGCGGGCCCCGGACCCACGGCCGCGACCCAAAGAACCCCGGAUGCAAGGCUGCCGUCAAAAAAAGACAGCACGCGCCAAAAAGCGUACCAAAAAGAGCGGUGGUACACGGCAGCCUUGCAACGACAAAGGGGAGGGUAGAAGAGAAACCCGUUUUCUCAAAUACCCACCCCCAGUCUCCGCACCUCAGAAAACACCGCGCCCGACUCCUCGCCGGCAGAGCACCGCGCCGCUCCACGCACGCCCACCAGACAACACCUGUCGUCGACCGCUGUCAGCCCGCGGAGCUGACAAACUGGGGCAACGAAGCCAGAGUUUCACCGCCCCACUACGACACACGCAGAAGCCAUGGGACACCCGCACCUGCCCCCGCCAGCUCCUAGGAGUAGGCGGGCUCGGACGACGAGGUUGGAGACUCAUCGCCCACCGGGGACGAUCAGAACACAGUCGCUAG